UCUUUUUCCACUGGCAUGCACACAUUCUAUCAUUCCAUUGUUUUCAUGAUUCGUUCGAUUUUUUUUUUAUUAUUUCGGUUAUUAUCUUUGGUUGUUUUCUUUUCUAUUUUACCCGAAUGAAAAUUUAUUCAAAUAGAAUAUUCAUUUCGGUAAUUUGUUUGUUAUUUUUAUUUUUGUUCCUAUAGGUGAAAAUAAAUUUGUUUCUUAUUUUGUGAAAUUCAUUUUGUGUUUUUUGUUUUUGUUUGCGUGAAUCGUAUCUGUCAUCUUCCUAAGAAUUUUGUUUUUUUUUAAAUUCACUUAUUUAUCACUAACAACAAUGAGCUAUCGUGGUGAACGUAAACGUCGCCACAGUUGUAGCGAUCAUGGUGAUGAUUUAUCACCACAUCAACCACCAUUAUCAUCAUUACCACAAAGAUCUAUUGGUGGUGGUGGUGGUGGUGCUUCAUCAUCAGCAUCAUCAUCACCUGAAUGGAAUCGUUCAGCAUCGAAUGGUGGUCAUCGACGUGAUCAUCAUUUAUCAUCACCAAAUGUUGAUCGAAAUGGUGGUGGUGGUCAUGGUCAUCAUCAUCAUCAACAUCAUCAUCAUCAUCAUCAACGGCAUCGAUCACCAUCGCCAAGAUCACCAAGAUCACCUCGUUCACCACCUCCACCAUCAUUAUCAUCAUCAUCAAAAAUACCACCUAUGUCAUCAUCAUCAUCAAGACGUGCACGAUCAUCAAGUUAUGAUCCAAUCAAGGUUGGCUAUCCUCCAAAACAACGACAACGAUCAACAUCGCCGCCAUUUUCAUCUAGCAGACAAUUUGAUGAUCAUGAUCGUCCACAUGAUCGUGCACUUGUCCGUGCCAUUAAUUCGGAUUUACGGCCAGACAAAGAUUAUCGAAGUGAUCCAGAAAAAACAUUAUUCAUUGGUCGUUUGAAUGGUACGACAGACGAGAAUGCAAUUCGAAUGCAUUUUGAACGAUGGGGUGAUAUUCGAUCAUUGUUUUUGAUUCGUGAUGUAUUGACCGGUGAUUCACGUCGUUAUGCAUUUAUUGAAUUUCGUCGUGCAAAAGAUGCUGAUCGUGCAUAUGCUGAAGGACAUAAUUCAUUAUUGGAUGGACGUCGUAUUCUUGUUGAUCGAGAAUUAGGUCGUACGAUGAAAAAUUGGAAACCAAGACGAUUUGGUGGUGGUUAUGGUGGUCAAAAAGAAUCUGGUCAGAUGCGUUUUGGUGGUCGUACAAAUGAACAUCGUGGAUUUAAUAAUAAUCAUUAUAAUAAUAAUGAUCAUCGUGGUGGAGGUUUUAGUGGUAAUGAUCGUACAUUUCGACCACCAUUACAUCAUAGAUCAAUAACUGCACCAUAUCCACAGCAAUCAUCAUCAUCAUCAUUUACACAACGUCGAACAAAUGGUAUUGAUCGAUAUAAUCGUCAUGAUCAUCCAUCAAUGGGACCAAUGCAUUCAUCAUCAACAACAAGAUCAUAUAGUAAUGGCCAUCCAUCAUCAUCGUCAUCAUAUCGACAUCAUUCAACAUUGGAUCAUCAUCAAAGCAGUGGUGGUGGUGGUGGUGGACCUAUUCGUAGUAAUUCGGGCCGUCGUUAAUCAGAAUAAAUUUCAUAAAUUUUGCAAUCAUUUUUAAUGUCAUUUAAUCAUAAAAUUGAACCAAUAAU